UAGAGACACGAUGAAUGCGAGUUUAGUUGUAACUGGGAAAUGCAUAAAGUUAAGAAACAGGGGCCUUACCACCAGUGACCUUACCAGUGGCCGCAGCUUUCGACUUUGCCACGAACUUGAUGUGUCUUGUUCCAAACAGUCCUUCAUUGAUGAUUUUCAGAAUGUACUCCCAGAUGUGGAAAAAGCAAUUGAGAGAGCAGAUUUUUUGUCCAUUGAUGCCGAGUUUACUGGAUUGCGACGGGAUGCUUCAUUUGCAUAUAGUGAACUGGACACUGCAGAAGAAAGGUAUUCCCAUGCCACUUUCUGCUUCUACAUUUUAGGGAGGACUGGUGAAAUUUAUGUUUAUGACAACAGUAGCCUCAGAUUUUUGGCAAAUAAUGGAUUUGAUUUUGCCAAGUUAUAUAAAGCAGUUCUGAUCAGCUGUCCCAGAUGAGCCUAGAGUCUCCUGUGGAGGAAGAUCCCCCUGCAGCAAUAUGUGACCAGGAGGCGAAGAAGCAAAGUAAGAGAGGCCCUGCUGAAGGCGUGUUUGCUGUGCCGGAAGAAUGGUGAUCCCAGUUUCCGGAAGGAGUGUGGAGAACUUUUUUUGACCCAGUGUCUAGUAACAUGUUUAGUUCCAUUAUUGGAGGAAUCUUGUAAACCUAUACUAUCAGUUUGAUAACCAUGUGUCUUAUAAAACUUAUGUCCUGAUUAUGACAUAAAAUGCACCUCUAAAUUUGGAGGGAAUAUUUUAAUGUCUGAGUGCUGCUUUUGUGAUCUUACAUAUUUUUAUACUGAUAAUUGAAGUAGAUGUGGAAGAUGUCUUCUUAUAAAAUCAUGAAUCUUUA